AUGAAUUAGCUGAAUGAAUAUUUAGACACAUCUCCAAGAUCUCCUUUGCAUACAACUAAUGUAAACACUUGGUUUAAGAGUAGGUAAAAAUCACUUAAAAAAAGGCAUCAAAAUAAAGUGAAAAAAUAAUAUCUUCUAUUUCCUGAAUAGAUAAAAUAAGAAUAAGAAAUUUAGAAAAUAUUUUAAAAUUUCGAUAGAAAUAAUUCAAGUAUUGCAAAAUUCAAUAAACUAAGAAAACCUUGACAUUACUGAAAUGUAUGAUAUGUUUUAAAAAUAUGGAUUUAAACUUACUGAAGAAUAACUUCUACAAUUCUUUAAAGUUGUUGACAAAGACAAAAAUAGUAUUUUAUUCAUUAAUAAUAGAUGCGUUAAAUUGGAAUGAAUUUAAGAAUUCUGUUUUUGAUGAUUAAGCAUCCAAAAGUAAGAAUAUAUAUUUAAUUAGUAUUUUAUAAUAUAAUUAAAUAAGUUAGAGAACAAGAAUAGAAUGAAUCUCAAUCUGGUUAUAUUCCAUUUAAUUUUAAUGAAAUGAUAAGCUAUUUAAAUUAUUUAGCUAGUAGAGAUGAAUUACAAAAAUCUAUCUAGGUAUUAAUAAUAUUAUCUAAUAGUAAAGUUCAUAGACUACAAAUGAAAAAUUUGAAAAAUAUUUAUCUUUAUUAGAAUUAAAUUAAAUUUAGAUUCAAAGUUAUAAUGAUUAAAAACUAAAUAGUAUAAAUUAAGAAGAAAGAUUGAAUCAAAACUAUAAAGAAGUAGAUUUCACUAAAAUUUAUCAAAAUAAAUAUCAAUCUUCAAAAAGUUCUUGUAAUUUUGUUAAUUAAUAACUAGACUUAAAUGGUAAAGACUUACCUACUCUUCAAAAAUUGAAAUCAGAGAAGAACAGAUCAAAGAAUUCGUUGCUGAAAUUGAAUAAAAGUAGUGAAAGUUCUAUUACAAAUCUUUAGAACUCUUAGAGUAAUUAGUUUAUUUCAAAUUUAGGGAUAUGUUAAUUAAAACAAGAUAAUAAAAGCUUAUUCACUAAGAAAUCUUUACUAAUGAAAUUAAAUUUAUCGCCUAUUAAUUAAAAAGGGUCUUAAGAUAAACCUUAUUUAAAUUUAGAUUUUAAUAAAAUCAAUUAAAACUAUAGGGAAAACCUUCAAAAUUAAUCACAAACAAAUGUAGAUUAAAAUUAUGGAAAAAGUCCUGAUAGAGUUCCAAUAUCAAUAAUAUAAGAAUUACAAAAAUUCUAAAUUUUAUCAGGAUAGUAUAGAUAAUAGAAUAUUUAAAAAUGUCCCUCUGAUUCUGAAACUGGAUAAAAUAUUCCAAAACCUAAAUGUUCUAUAUUGAGAACAUCAACAGAAGUUUUAAAUUAAAGUAAAUAGGUUUCACCAACCAAUAGUAAAUUAUGUACACCUAGGUAAUGGAGAGAUGAAAAAUAUUUAAAUCUAAGAAAAUCUCCUUGUAGACAAUUCUAACAUAAUUUUUCUUAAUAUAAUUAAAAGGAGAAAAAUUUAGACAUAAAUCUUAAAGGAAAAUCUUUGUUAUUUAAAUGA